AUGCCGCCGUUCUUCUGCGUAGCUGAGAACUGUGGUAACGACAGGAUCAACAGCGACAUGCUGAUCAACAAGUUUCUGAGCGACGAGAAACUUUGUGCCACGUCGGAAACAAUGUCUGUCGUUUCCGACGCAGAACCCCAAGAUUACAUUGAGUGGGACGAGGAGCCUGGCAGCCAUCUUGUACCUGUGAAGCCAGAGCUGGAUUACCGUGAGGAAUACCGGGAACCUAUCAGCCCAGUGCUGCCUCUUACAAAACAUUACACAGAUGUGACAAGGGUUACAUUCCACUUGAUUACGGAGCCGCGGUCCGAAGAGAACCGGGAACGUGACAUCACAGCAGCUGCCGUUAAGACUGAGCCACAAGAUCCCAGGGAAGUCGGCGCCGAGGCAGUUUUUGCUGGGACAGGGCACCUGUAUACACCAUCCUACACCAGCUUGGAGCACAAGAAAGGCUAUAAGCACAGUAGAACCUGGUUACAGCCGAUCUCGUGA